GAGUUCAGACAAUUGGACGAGGAAGUCGUGAUGAUGAGUUCUCUCAUGGGUGUGGUUGGUGAGCAGUUCACCCCACGUCAGAAGUCGCACACACACACACAGAGGGGAGGCAUUGUGGACGAUGAGGCUGCAGAUGAAUCUCUGGGCGGCGGCACCUCACAGGAUGGAGACUAAGAUUCAUUUGGCUUCCUUGACUGUCUUCCUGUUUGUCAUGUUCAAAGUGUCGAGGGCUCAGACUCCAUCGGCCGCAGAUCAGAUGGAGCCUGUGAGCAGCGUCACGGAAAAUAUGCAAACAGUGGAAACAAUUGGAAGUUUAGACCUGAGCAGAGUCACUAGAGAUUUCGUCAACUCUUCUCCGAAAACUGAAAGAGCCACAAAACGACCCGUGAGCACCAGCAGCCCAGCGAACAUCUCCAAGACCUCAUCAGCGGCCACAGAGAAAACACCAAAACCACAACCAGAGCUCACAUCCACUCAAGCGUCCACAGCGACAUCCACCCGAUCCAUAACUGAGAAAACCACCACAAAGGACACCCGUCAAGCUGUCGUCUGGGAUCCGAAGAGGGACGAGGAUUUCACCUAUGAUUACGAGUCCCUGCGCCACGCUGGUCUGGCCAUCGCAGGAGUGCUCUUCAUCAUGGGCAUAAUGGUCAUGAGCUGUGGCAAAGUCUGUCGGCCGCCCAAGUGUCGCAACAGGUCUUCAAAGUCAUAUCGAGUGGACCAAAGAUGAAGAAAGAGGGAGAGAGAGAAAGAGAGAAAGAGAGAAAGAGAGCAUGCACACAGUGACACAGAAACCAGUCAGUCCAUCAGCGGAAAAACACUCCACCAACACCAAUACCCAGCGACAUGUGUGUGCAUGUGGGCCGAGUGUGUCACAGUGUCACACACACAUGAAUUACGAGAAAAGCUGGAACCAUAACCGGCUUUAUCUGUGUCACUUAUUUCUUUACUUUGCUCCAAAAAAAAAAAAAGGUAAAGUGAUUAUUUAUCCUGACAAAUAAUAAAAAGAUGAAUCAUUAUUUUAAUCACACCUUCAGCCAUGGAGCGGCCUUGUGUCUAAUGACCUUUGCAUCUUAUAACUGAUAACACAGCCAUCAGCACCGGCGUCUCACAGCCAGGAUUAUUAUUAAAGGUUAUGAAGAAUAA